CACCAAAUGUCUCUCUGAGCGAAGGAGAGCUCAAUCCUCAGCCUCAGCCUGAGCCUGAGCACAAUCCCUCGGGGACGUCCUCGGAAGGUGACGUCCAAGUAGCCGCCGAUGUAUAUGAGAUUUUUCGCCAGGCUUUACUCAGCUAUGGCCGGACCCAGGCCUGUGGUACUGAGCGGCCCAUCCGGGGCGGGCAAAAGCACUCUUCUCAAGAAGCUCAUGAAGGAAUACAGUGGCGUCUUUGGCUUCAGCGUCUCUCAUACAACAAGAAACCCGAGACCUGGAGAAGAGAACGGCAAAGAUUACCAUUAUGUCACACGGGAAGCCAUGCAGGCCGCCAUCGACAACGGCGAAUUCAUCGAGAGCGCAGAGUUUUCCGGGAACAUGUACGGGACGAGCAGAGCUGCCGUGCAGGCAGUCAAGGCCCGCAACCUCAUUUGCAUACUGGACAUCGACAUGCAAGGGGUUAAGAAUAUCAAGAAGACGGACCUCAAUCCCAUUUACAUCUCCAUCCAGCCUCCAUCUUUGGAAGUCCUGGAAACACGUCUAAGAGACAGAAAAACUGAAUCAGAAGAGAGUUUGCAGAGGCGCUUGCACGCCGCUAAAGUGGACAUUGAGUUAAGUAAAGAACCCAACAUGUUUGACGUCGUCAUCGUCAACGACAACUUGGAAGACGCUUACGGGCACCUAAGAGACGCUCUUCUUGAGGAAAUCAACAUGGUCAAGAAAAUCAACAUGUCUUCAUAGAAGAUGGGGCGUAACAUCGACAUCACAGCAUUCACUCCUCACUAAACCGUAGACCUCAUUGUGAACAUUCCACCCCCCCCCCCUCAAAAAAAAAAAAAUGGAUUAGAAAAGCUCAGUCUUGCCGCAGCAUAUUUGUCCAAAUACAGUAUAUCGGUUUACAUGUGGUGUUUAGAGGUACACUAGUUAUUAUUACUAAAAGUGCAACAUUUUAUUUGAGGCCAAUGAGCGCUUUCCUUUUUUAAUUAUGUUUGUUAUUUACAUUUGUAUUGAAGAAACGGCAUUUUUUAUAAGUUGUCAACUUGCUAGGCGACUGGUACCACAUGCAGCUUUCUCAACUCAUUCCGUUAACCUUGACCGACUGCUCUGUCAAGCUCAGUUAUUUGACAGUUUGUCGUCCUGUCAUUUCGCUUUGUACGAUUUACUCCGUGUGAAAUGUCGAGAUUACGGCGAUACUGACGGAAGAAAAAAAAAAAAAAAACCAAAACACAUCCAUUAUGUUGUAUGUAGUGUGUGCGAGUCAACUGACAGCAUAUAUGUAUUCAUCUUCAUUUUUCUUCUUUUUUUACUUUGUGCUAACUGCUUUGCUUAAAAAAAAAAAAAAAAAAAAAAGAGGAUGAGGUCCUGCUUUUUGCCAAUGUUUUAUGUAUAACGAACAACUGAGUAAUCAUGUUGGGUGGUGUUUUUUUUUUUUUGGCUGGAGGUGGGGGCCAUGGUUGUCUUCAACAGAACUACAAUUUAACUGACAUUUGAAUUCAUUUUUGAAGUGGACCGUGGAGAAUUCUAAGUAAAGAAAAGACGAUUAAAUGUCACACUUCCUCAUUA